AUGAUUUACACACCUGCGAGUAUUUUGGGUUUGAAAUGGAUAGAGAAUUGAAUGAAUAUCGAAAUACAAAAAAACAUCUUUUUUGUUCGAUUAAAACGACAAGGUCCUCAAAAUUCCAAUCUCAAAUGGCAAGACGUAAAUGCCGCCAAUUUUUUUAUUUUUUUGAGGUUCUUCUGUUGAUAGGUUGAAACUUUCAUAAAAAUAUAUCCAGGCGGUCAAAAAAUUCAACCCUUUUAACAAUGCCAGUUAAAAAAAAGAAAACUUGACAAAAGUUAACAAAAUUUGAAUUUUUUAAAAACUAACCUAAAAUUAGGAGACAACUUUUCAAACAAGAGCUCAAUUUUUUUUUCUCCACGUCUUUAGCGACAAAAAUUGAAAGCCGAAAUCGUUAGAAUAUUACCGCAUGACGUUUUUUUUCUCAUCAGAAAUGAAAAAAAAAAAAAAAGGCACAUGUUACACUUCUUCAGUUUUUUUAGAGAUAUAUUCUGCCGAACGAAUACAUAUAGAGUUGUUUGUCGGUUCGCGAAAGUGGCGUUUAUCAAGAACGGGCUUUAAAUCAUCGCGCCUUUUUUUGUGAUAGUAACAGCCGAAUGUUGAGCGUCUCAACGAUCAGCUGCUUCUCCAAAAAAUAAUUAAAAGAGUUCAAAUAAUCUUCUGAUAGCUUUCGAGCCUGCGCACGGCGGAGCGGAUUCGUCAUUGCUGCAGAAGCAGUACAUCGAGAAAAGGAGGGGAGCCAUGGGAGAGCAACCGCGACGUCUUCUGCUCGAUCGAUGGCAACCAGCGGCGUAUUGCUCUCUAUCGGAGCCGCCGCCGCCGCCUCAAUGGCUCACCCUCCCUCUGCCCAAUCUGUGGCCUAACCUCUCCGUCCGCCUAUGA